CAUGCACAGAACUGAAAUGGGGCGGAGACUUCGUCUUGCCGGCCGAGCUCUGUUCCUCGGUCUGCACUCGUUUCGUCAGUCAGUCGUCGCGCAUACUUAUAUCCCCCCUCCUUGACUUCGCCAUCCCCCCCUCUGCUACGACGCCUCUUCCUCCUCCGUCCUCUUCUUUCCCUCCCCUGUAGAGAGAGGGGGAGAACUCGGAGAGACCGAGCUCGGAGAGAGAACCGGAGAUGGGGAACAUCUGCGGUGGCUCCGGGAAGGCUGAUGUGGCCGAGGAUUUCAGGCCAUCUAGCCCAGGGACAACUAUGACCUCCAAGACGAGCGGCAGCAUAACCACCAGCCAAAGCACCACAGGAAAGCUCUCCUCCGUGGGCAGCAGCUUCAUGGCGUCCGCCGGCAGCCGCAGCACCGGCAGCGGGUUCGAAGAGGGGGGCAAGUACCCCGACGGCCAGAUCCUGGAGGCGCCCAACCUACGCACCUUCACAUUCAUCGAGCUCAAGGCGGCCACCAAGAACUUCAGGCCAGACAGCGUCCUCGGUGAAGGGGGGUUUGGGAGGGUGUACAAAGGCUGGGUGGACGAGAAGACGAUGACCCCGACCAAGAACGGCACCGGAAUGGUUGUUGCCGUCAAGAAGCUCAACUCGGAGAGCCUGCAGGGGUAUGAGGAAUGGCAGUCAGAGAUAAAUUUUCUAGGAAGGCUGUCGCAUCCGAAUCUAGUCAAGCUCUUGGGCUACUGCUUUGAGGACAAGGAACUUCUUCUUGUAUACGAAUUCAUGGCUAAAGGGAGUUUGGAAAACCAUCUUUUCAGGAGAGGAUGUGCCCCGCUGUCUUGGGAACUGAGGCUGAAGAUAGCCAUUGGUGCAGCUCGAGGACUUGCAUUCUUGCAUGCAUCAGAAAAGCAAGUUAUUUACCGUGACUUCAAGGCUUCCAACAUCCUCUUAGAUGCAACUUACAAUGCUAAGCUCUCCGACUUUGGCCUUGCUAAGCUCGGGCCAACUGGUAGCAACUCACAUAUCACAACCAGGGUGAUGGGCACAUAUGGUUAUGCAGCUCCAGAGUAUGUAGCUACUGGCCAUUUGUACGUGAAGAGUGACGUGUACGGGUUCGGAGUGGUGAUGCUGGAGAUGCUGUCCGGGCAGCGCGCGCUGGAUCCCAACCGCCCGAACGGGCAGCUGAGCCUCGCCGACUGGGCGAAGCCGUACCUGGCCGACCGGCGGAAGCUGGCCCGGCUCAUGGACCCCCGGUUCGAGGGCCAGUACAACUCCAAGCAGGCCUUCCAGGCGGCGCAGCUGACGCUCAACUGCCUCGCCGGCGAGCCCCGGAGCCGGCCGUCGAUGAAGGAGGUGGUGGAGACGCUGGAGCAGAUCGAGUCGAUGAAGAGCCGGGCGCGGGAGGCCCGGGGAGGCAGCGGCGGCGGCUCGUCGCGGGACCGGCACCACGGCCGCAGCGGCGGCGGCGCGCACCAGCGGUCGUCGCCGCGCGCGGGCGGCGAGCCGCGCGGCCGCGGGUCGAGGGCCGCCAACGGCCACGCCGGCAAGGCACGGUGACCCGAGCCGGAGCUGGAGACGUUGACGACGAUUCUUCCUGUACAUGGCCUAAAUUUUUUUUUGCCUGAUUGUGUGAUGCCUGCCUGCUGCCCAAGAUGCUGCUGCUGCUGUUGUCAUGAUCACGACGAGGUGUAAAAUUAGCAAGAAAAGAAGGAAAUGUUGUAAGCUGUAACCAGUAGGAAUAGAAAGAAUAAUCAUUCUUGAAAUGUCUUGAGAAAAAAAAAAGUAUAGAUUUUGCCUA